AUGUGCCGCACUUCGGUCCUUUCAGCCGACACGUUUGCCCGGUACAGCAGAGCGCGCGGCUUCAACUCACUUUACAUUGGUGUUGAGAACUGCACCCCGCAAGAGCUCUGCGACAGAUACUACGCGAUUCACGCUGCAGUCUACAAGUGGUUCAACAUCAGCUUCGACAUCUUUGGUCGCACCACAACACCGCUGCAAACGGAAAUCACCCAAGAUAUCUUCCUGAAGCUCAAGGACAAUGGUUUUCUCGAGGAACGCAUGACAACCCAGCUCUGCUGUGAGCAGCACCAUUCGUUUCUCGCUGAUCGCUUCGUCGAAGGCGAGUGUCCUGAUUGUGGCUAUGUCAAUGUUCGUGGAGACCAGUGCGACCUAUGCGGUAAACUUCUCGAGUCCCUGGAGCUUAUUCGCCCGCGCUGCAAGGUGGACGGUUCUGUACCAAUUACCAAAGAGACCAAGCAUAUCUUCUUGGAGCUGGAUAAGCUCCAGCCAGAGGUGGAGGCUUUCUUCCAGGAGUCAGCUGCUAAAGGCGCGUGGUCUAGCAAUGGAACAUCAAUCAUAGCAGCGUGGCUCAAGGAAGGACUACAGCCGCGAAGCAUUACGAGGGACCUCAAAUGGGGCACUCCGGUGCCCACGAGUUUGGAAGGCUAUGAAGAGAAGGUUAUCUACUCGUGCCAAUUACACCGACCAAUGGGAGAAGUGGUGGCGCAGCCGAGACGACGUGCAGCUCUACCAAUUCAUGGCAAAGACAACGUUGUCUACCACAGCAUCAUCUUUCCCGCCACCAAAAUCGGAACGCAUGAACCCUGGACAAAGCUCCAUCACCUCUUCACCAUCGAUUACCUCACCUACGAAGGCGGGAAAUUCUCCAAGUCUCGAGGAAUUGGCGUCUUUGGUGAUUCUGCCAGAGAAACCGAGGUGCCCUCAGACAUUUGGCGGUUUUAUCUCCUCUACUGUAGGCCCGAGAUUGGCGACAGCGAGUUCACCUGGGACGGCUUCAUCAGCGCCAACAACAAUCUCCUCCUCAAGAACCUAGGCAACUUUGUUAGCCGUGUCGUCAAGUUUAUCAACUCGCGUCAUUUCAACAAUGUGGUGCCUGACUGGACACAAUAUGGCGAGUCUUCCUUCGAUGCAUUCAAAGCAAAUAUCAACCAGCUACUGGCACAAUACAUCCAAGAGCUUGACAGGGUUAAGCUCCGUGCCGGACUGUUGACAGCGCUCCAGAUUUCUCAGCGUGGAAAUGGCUUCCUCCAGGCGAGUAAACUUGACAACAGUCUGUACGAGACCCAACCUGCCAAAUGCGCCGCCAUCAUCGGUCUUGCAAUCAACCUGGUCCACCUGUUGGCCUCUCUCAUUUCCCCUUACAUGCCCACCACAGCCGCGGCUAUCAACUCGCAGCUUCGUGCCAACGAACUGCCUAUUCUCGAGGAUUGA